AUGAAGUUCAUGUCGGUUUUGCUUUUGGCGCUUCCCGCAGCGGUCUCCUCAUCCACAGUUGUCACUCACGACUAUAACACAAGGCGGGACAUCACCGUCAACGAAGCGCCAAACCAUGUGCGACCAUAUGUCCUGCCCAGGUAUCAUGGACGUGCCAUAUUUUUGACGGCAUCCCAAGUCAUCCGCUUCUCCAUCACCGCCAAUUCUUCAGAUGGCGCAUUUUCCUUAGUCCAGCAUAAUGGUAGAGAGUCUGGCUGGAACUCUGCCCGGCCACAUACACAUCGAAUUGCACACGAGCACUUUUACUGUGCCCGAGGGAGAGUAGAACUUUGGGGUAUGAAGAACAAGACCGGUGCAAGCCAGGAAGCUCGCAUUGGCACGCUCGGGGACUACGGCAAUAUCCCUCCUGGCGCAAUUCACACCUUUCAACUGACAGACCCGGAUUCGCAGCUGGCUCAUGUCUUCCAUCCCGGUGGUUUUGAACACUUGUUUGAUGAGUUCAGUGCUGGCAGCUUCCCAACUGAUGGAGUCAACUCACCAUACCUGCCUCUGGCCGCGGAUCCUGAAAUCUUUGGGCCAAUGACUCCUGAACUUGCCGCUCGAUUUGCCAAGUUAGACUUAUACGCCUCUCCGUCUGAAGAAUUCGUUCCGCGCCGAGACUUUGUUAAUGGCACCGCAGGAGACCCUCGCAUUCACUGGCACGAUGGACCAAAUACACUAUCUAAUGAUUCUACCUUGCCAUACUUUGUUGCCAAGGACUACGGCCCAAAGUUUCUGAACGUCGACAACGGCUACAAGAUCAUUCAGCCACUCGCUACUCCGGAACAGGCCACAGGUGGAAAUUUCAGCAUGGGCACUGUAAUCAUGUCGCCAAAGCUUCAAAAUGAGUCAGCAAAUGCUGCAAAGCUUCCGAGUCACUUUGCCAUACAGAUGGAGGACGGGCAGCUGAUUCUUGAUGUGCGCGGAUACAAAACUGCGCAACUUUUGCCCGGGGAUGUUGCGUUUAUCCCGGCAGGCGUAGACUUUACCUACUUUGCCAAUGUGCCCUAUACCAAGUUUCUGUAUCUCAAUGGGGGUGCAAAGGGUCUGGAGCACCAGCUGCUCAAGACCAGUGUGCCUUGGAACUUUACUGCUUACCCUAUUUAUGCUGGGUUCAAGCCAUAA